AUGGUGGCCCAGAAGCUUAGCCACCUCCUGCCCCGUUUGCGGCAGGCCCGCCAGCAGCCCCAGCCACCCGGGCAGCCGGAGCCCGUGUUCACGGUGGACCGGGCCAAGGUGCCGCCCCUCUACUGGAAGCCGUACAUCUACGUGGGCUACCGGCCGCUGCACCAGACCUGGCGCUUCUACUUCCGCACGCUGUUCCAGCAGCACAACGAGGCGGUGAACGUCUGGACCCACCUGCUGGCCGCCCUGGUGCUGCUGCUGCGGCUGGCCGUCUUCCUGGGCACCGUGGACUUCUGGGGAGACCCCCACGCCCUGCCCCUCUUCAUCAUCGUCCUCGCCUCCUUCACCUACCUCUUCCUCAGCGCCCUGGCGCACCUCCUGCAGGCCAAGUCCGAGUUCUGGCAUUACAGCUUCUUCUUCCUGGACUACGUGGGCGUGGCCGUGUACCAGUUCGGCAGCGCCCUGGCACACUUCUACUACGCCAUCGAGCCCGCCUGGCAUGCCCAGGUGCAGGCCAUCUUCCUGCCCACGGCCGCCUUCCUCGCCUGGCUCUCCUGCACCGGCUCCUGCUACAACAAGUACAUCCAGAAGCCCGGCCUGCUGGGCCGCACGUGCCAGGAGGUGCCCUCGGCGCUGGCCUACGCGCUGGACAUCAGCCCGGUGGCGCACCGCAUCCUGGUGUCCCCCAGCCCCGCCACCGAGGACCUCGCUCUCCUCUACCACAAGUGCCAGGUGGUCUUCUUCCUGCUGGCCGCGGCUUUCUUCUCGGCCCUCGUGCCCGAGCGCUGGUUCCCCGGCAGCUGCCACCUCUUUGGACAGGGCCACCAGCUCUUCCACGUCUUCCUGGUGUUCUGCACGCUGGCUCAGCUGGAGGCCGUGGCGCUGGACUACGAGGCCCGGCGGCCCAUCUACGAGCCGCUGCACACCCGCUGGCCCCACAACUUCUCCGGCCUCUUCCUGCUCACCGUGGGCAGCAGCGUCCUCACCGCGUUCCUCCUGAGCCAGCUGGUGCGGCGCAAGCUCGAUCAGAAGGCCCAGUGA